GGUGGGGAAGGAGGAGGGAGGGAGCGGGCGGCCGCCACUCGUACGCGCGCUGCUCCGGCACAGAGUGAUCCGCGCUCCCACCUGCUGCAGGGCUGCACAACGCCGGUACCGAUCCCAGGCUGUCCUCAGGUAGAGAAGCUCUGUCCCUGAUGAGUACUGCUGGCCACCAUCUCUGACCCAAGCACACAGAGCAAGGCAGGCAUGAGACCCUGUGGGACCUGACCCCGUAGCAUUGACCCUGCUGGGCUUUGCAGGAGAGAAGGGAGCAGCUGACACCCAUCAGCAGUGCCAUGGGGAUCAGCUCCAGCCCCAGAUGGACCAGGUCACACAAGAAAGUUGCAGGGGCACAUCAUUCCUAGGUCACGGGACCUAGGCUCAGCAGACAAGGCUGAAUGUGUGAAGGGGACUCUACUGUGAUCUCCAAGGCCAUCAUCGACCCAAGAUUAGUUUGGAAGGAACUCCAGGGUUGCCUGCUGGAGGCUCACUCCAAGCAUCUACAGUGCCACUGAGAGCAGAACCCAUGCAACUGCACUAUGGAUCCAUGUAGCAACCUCACAGACCCUUCAAAAACCAUGGACUUCCCCCUGCAGCUGCUGGUCGGGUCCUGCCUGGCCCUGCUCAUCACAUUCACUCUCUGUGGUAACAUCAUUGUGUGCCUGGCCGUCACUCUGGACCGCCGGCUCCGCAGCCUGACCAACUGCAUCAUCGUCUCGUUGGCCAUCACCGACCUGCUGCUGGCCCUGCUGGUGCUGCCCUUCUCCGCCUACUAUGAGCUCACCAGCGAGUGGCCCUUCAGCAGCACGUUGUGCAACAUCUACCUCAGCCUGGAUGUCAUGCUGUGCACGGCCUCCAUCCUCAACCUCUUCAUCAUCAGCCUGGACCGCUACUUCGCCGUCACCACCCCGCUGCGCUACCAGCAGCUGGUCACCCGGUCCCGCGUGGCCGUGGGCUUGGUUGUUAUUUGGACAGUUUCACUGAUGGUCUCCUUCCUCCCCAUCCACCUGGGGUGGAAUACCAAUGGGACGAUGGUCCAGAACACAACACCCAACUGCACCAGGGAGUGCAAGCUGGAGGUGAACUCUGUGUACGGGCUGGUGGACUCCUUGCUCACCUUCUACAUCCCUCUGGUCAUCAUGUGCAUCACCUACUACAGGAUAUUCAAGAUAGCGAGGGAGCAGGCCAAGAGGAUAAACCACACGUGGUGCUGCAGCAGCAACGGCCCCAUGCCACCCAUGGUGAAGGAGCACAAAGCCACCGUGACGCUGGCAGUGGUAAUGGGAGCCUUCAUCAUCUGCUGGUUCCCCUACUUCACGGUAUUCACGUACCGAGGGGUGUGGGGGGACAGCAGCGUGAAAGGCAUACCUAUGUCCAUCGUCCUCUGGCUGGGCUAUGCCAACUCAGCACUGAACCCCAUCCUCUAUGGGACGUUCAACAGAGAUUUUCGGGUGGCAUACCAGCACUUGUUGCAAUGCUGGAGGACAGGGGACCCCAAGAGCUCCCUACAGAAGGGUCAGCCCCGGGGCAGGAGCUGCGGGGAGAGCCUGGAUGGGCAGGAGGGGAAAUGCCUGAAGCUGGAGAUGAGGAACGGGAAGGGCACCUUGCUGGCAGAUGGAGCCCUGCAGAGUGACGGAGCUUUCCCGUGAGCCUCGGCCACCCCACCAUCCCAGCCUCUGCUCCCGGCUGCCCUCUUCCAGCAUCCUGCAAGGCUGAAAGGACACAGCUGGACUUCCCUUGGGGAGAAACCCGAGAGUAGAGGCAAGGCCUGCAGGGAUCCCUGUGCUGGUACCUGGCACUUGCUGUCUUCCCAGAUGAUGCUGGAAAGGCCUCUGCUUGCCCGCGUUUCUUCCCAGGAGCACAGAAGAACCUGCACCACCAGGGGCCGUGACACCUCCAGCACUGAGCCCCACAUCAGUGGCUUGAGAGCCAGGGCGUACCCCAGCAGGUCUGGGGUUCAGGCACAGCAGGGAAAAGGUGAUGCAGCCGCAGCCUCGGGGCCAGACAGCCCAACCCAGGACAGGCACUACGCCCCCCGGUGCUCCGUCAAAGGGAAACAUCCACCUCCCAGAGGGGUCCGGCGGGGGGAGCGGGGUGGCAGGAGGGCUAUCGACGGCCGCUAUCGCAACACGUGCAGCCCUGCAGCAUCCUCACGGGGCAAAGAGGAGCCCCACGUCGGGGAUACUGGGGCGUCCCCUGCUCUCUGUGGGCUUCACACGCUCAGCCCCACGGCAAGGAGAGAGGACCCGGGGCCACCGAGCAGCGUGGCUGCCCCCAGGCUCUUUCCCCCGCAGCAGCUCAUCGCCAAGUCUGCAAAAAAACAGGAUGUCUGCGAGCGAGCCUGGGCAGAACUCAGCCGUAAAAUCCCGUUUAACACAGAGGCAGAACAGCACGAUUGAUUUCUCCAAGCACACUCUGCCUCGAGAAGAGCCCCCCUGGACCCCCAUCCCCCUGUACCGCACCCCUUCCUCUCCACCGCGCUCACACACAGUACGACCGCAGGGACGCGGCUGCAGCUGCCCUGGGAGCCGACCGCACCGCUCCCAGAGCGGGGGGGGAACAGUGGGGGCAGCAGAGCGGCUCCGGGCCCCCCCGGGCCGGGCAGCAUUACGGGCUCGGAGCUCCCCCUGCUUGCGGAUCCCGGCCCCUCUCUGUCCCAGAGCCCCUCCAGCCCGGGCCGGACCAGGAAUACCCGUAACAUCCACCCUUCCCCUCCAGCUCAGAGGGGAAGAUCUGACAAACGCACCCCACCCAAAGCUCUGCCACCUAUGAUAACAAUUAGAGACUGAUCUAAUUGCAAAAAUAAUUGCAAUUGAAGUGUUUAAUUACCAUACUAAGCAGGAAGAGCCGCUCCCAACUGUUUCGGUAGCACUCCCGAUCCAUCAAACAAGGUUUGGGGCUUGUUUGGGGUUGGUGUGUGUUUCCUUUUUUAUUAUUAUUAGAUUGCAGCCCUGGGGGGAUGAAGAGAUUUACUAAUUGGGGUCCUGGAGAACAGCCACCAACUUGCAAGCACUUGUUUUUAAUUUCAAUACUAACGAGGCUGGAAGGGGGAGAAAUCCAAAAUGCGGAACAGCUGUGUGGCUGCAGCCCUGCAGCCCCUCACCACGCUGCCAGAGCCCCGGUGCUGCUCGGUGUGAUGCCAUGAGGUUGGGUUUGUGCUGUGCCAGCAUGGGGUGAAGCCCAUCUCCAAGUGCCAGCACCUGUCACCCUCUGAUCCCAUCCACUGCACUGACAGCUCAUCCAGGUCCUGGUGCCAAACCCUGCAGAACAACAGCAGGAAACUUCUCCAGGUGGCAUUUGGUUUUGUUCUCCCCUAUAUGUGCAACAAAAGGGGAUUAAAUUCUUUCUCCGAGCAGCAAUUCUGAGAGGGAGGAGAAACCGCUUAGAAAGCUCCUAAGCAACAUCUGCUUUCUCAGAUAGGAAUAUCUCCCUGCCAGCCAAGUGCACAGAGAGAGACACCUCCAUCCUUUGGGCCCUGUAGGGAUGCAGUCACAGCUCCGGGUAGGACCCAAAAGCACAGAAAGGGCUGUGGGAAGAGGAUGUAGGAGCUGCUGUGGGGCACUCUGUGUGUCCCCAUCCCGGGAGUGUAGCAAAGGUGUGUUUUAUUUCUUUUAGAUAAAAGAGAAACAUCAGUAAAGAAGAAGGAAAAAAAGAAAAAAAAAAAA